GUCCAAUCGAAGGCCGUGUGUUCCUAGAGCAUGCGUGCUAGGUAGACGUGUCCCGGGCGGAGCUUUGCUCUGCCAGUCUCUGACUGGCUGACUGACGUACCGGUCUCUCAAGCAGGACCAAUAAAAGGAGCACGGUGUGCCCGGGGCUCGUUGUGAUUGGCCGGUACUCCACAGACUGUUCGCGCCGCUGUUCCGCGCUGUCGAACGCCCUCCCACAGGCAAAUUGGCUGGGCUCACGCGCGUUGCUGUUCUCCGGCCAGGCCUCCUCUGUAGAGGCUCUGCUUGCUGGAGACCGCUGGUUUCGGUCCACAAGGACUUAAAAGACACCUCUACCUCCAAAUUGAAAAGGCAUCAACAGUCCAAAGAAUGACUCAGCCACGCCCAGCUUGCCACCUCAGAGGACCCCACAAUGCUGGACUCAUCGGUGGCAGACCAAAUGACCCGGCUGACACUGAGGCUCUUGGAACAGCAUGGCAGUCUGGGCAACGGCCACACAGCCAACAUCACUGUCACAGCCUCUGUUCCUCACAGAAGCUGGAGCAAGAGCGAGAGAACGUGGAAGGGGGCUCUGAGGUCACCCACCUGGUAUCAGGACACAACGACAGGCCGGAUGAGGCCCUGCAGAGCGCUCGGAGGAGGAGGGAGCUUCUGCUGAGACUCCGGGAACAGCAGCUCCUGGAUGAGUGCCCCUCGGCCCAGACCUGGAGGGGGGCCCGUGGAGGGGCUCUGGGACCAGCCCUGCUCCCAGAAGCACCCCCCAUGGGCAUCUAUCCUACUGCCUCCCCACCCCUGCCAGCCCCAGAGCAACUGAGAAUCAUCCAGCACCAGGUCCCCCAGCCUCCUGCCACCAUCAUUCAGCAGCUGCCUCAACAGCCACUCAUUGCACAGAUUCCUCCUCCUCAGGCCUGUGCCUCUCAAAGGUCAGGAAGCAUUAAGGACGACAUGGUGGAGAUGAUGCUGAUGCAGAACGCGCAGAUGCACCAGAUCCUCAUGCAGAACAUGAUGCUCAAAGCCCUACCACCUGUGCUGGCACCCACGGGACUGCAUCCUGCCCUGCAGGACCCGAAGGGGAGGCGCCCAGUCCUCCUGCAAGCUGAGAGGCAGAAGCCACCUGCAGUGCACCACCACCACCACUACGCACCUUCUACCCCACUGCAGCCUGGCUCUGUGCCAGGCUCCUCCUUUAGUUAUACUGUGUGGCCCCCAGUGGUUUCAGCUACUGCCCUGCCACCUGCCACCAGCUUCGUGCCCACCAUAUGCCACAUGGCCAGUCCCGCUGCCCCGCCUACCCUUAGCACGCUGCUGUCUGAUGGCGUCCUGUCCUCGCAGGCCCCGGGCGUGUGAGCCCGCUUGCUCCACAUCGGUAAGCAGCAAGGUCUUCCACCUUUGGUCCCUGGUCAGGACCCUUCUGGAAAACCAGGUGACUCCCACCCAGGGGAAAU